UUCGGGAAGGCUACGGGUUAAUUUGAGACUGGGAGCUAAACCUGUUGCCAAUUAGAAGCAGUGAGCGCCACAUGUGGGCUAGACUGAGCUGUCUGCAGAGGGGGCAAAAGGGGCAGAAUCCACGCAAUGGAGGCAAGCUGAGGAACUGUUUAUUCCAGUUGAGUCACGGAUAUUAAUAGAAGCUGCUAUGAUGGAUAUGUUUCUCAAAUAAUCAAAAGAGGAAAUUUAGGAAUAGCAGCCGUGCCAAGGGGGGGCACCGUUCACCCCAUUUUUUUCCCUGUUUUUUGUUUUAAGGAUUUCAACAUGGCAAAUUUUCCUGCCAUUUUUAUACUGUCUGUUAUCACUUUACUUUUUACUGGGAUUGUAUCUGAAAUAUGUCGUGGACCGCGCUGCUUGAACGGUCAGGACUGGAGUAGGUCGUGCGUUGGAGCGCACUGCCGGGAGCGCACAGAGUCAUCCUCAUCCCAGCGGCAGCUGCACCUCUCUCCUCAGUUCAAAACAGCGCAGGUUUAUCCGAGUUAUCAACAGGAUCCUCAUUCCAGCCAACAUCAGAGCCAGAGCGCGCCGUUAGCGCCUUACACCAUCAUCCAGCCUCAGCACGCGGGCUUUACGCAGCCCAGAAGAACGAACCCGCGGACGAUCACGGCGGAGGUGUUCCAUCCUGGCUGCGCCGGCGGGACGUGUCCAAGCACAGUCUCUCAUCGCCCCACCAGCAAUGAACACACUGCCACGCGGGAGUGUAAGGGAAUUGGAUGCAAACUGCCUUCAAGGAUGCGCCAAAAGCAGAAGCCGUGCGUCGGAGAGGAAUGUGGCACUCAGGCGAGGGGAGACGGAAGGGGGGGCUCCUCACCUGUUCAAGUGACGGACAGAGCCGCACAGUUUCUGGAUGAACUCCAGGAUUUUGGAUCUGACAAUGGGGCGUUCAUACAGCUGACCUGUGACAUGAAACCAGGAUCCAACGAGGUUCCCUCAGAAGAUGCCCUCGUCUUGCAGCUGCAACUCUCCAAAACCCAAGAGCGGCUUGUUGAUGCUCUCAAGGGUCAGCAGAAUGAGGUCAAAGAGCUGCAGAGGCUGCUAACUGAGCAGCAAGGGGCGCUGGUGAGCCAGCAGAGAGAGAUCCUUGAGCAGCAGAGGAGGAUGCUUGAGCAGAUGGAGCAAGUAAAAGCCCAAUACAACAUUUUGAUGGACAGCAUGAAGCACACCUCUGUCCAGCACCUCCUGGAUAGUCACCUGGAAACCUUAAGUGGGCAAAUGAGGAGCCAUCAAACACAGCAAGCUAUGUCUUUACACAAGGUGGACAUGGAGGCCAGUGUGGUGGAGGUGGGUCACUCUCAGGUGGCCUGUGGCAGGUGUGGACAUGAGGAGUAUUGCAGCUACAGCAACAGCCAACCUCGCUGUGAAAAGUGCACCGUUUGCCCACCUGGUUUCUUCUUGGUGGCUCAGUGUUCAGUCCACGCAGACAGGAUAUGUCAGGACAGAGACGAAUGCCUGGAAAUGUCCGGGUUAUGUGGUGACCAACAAAAAUGUUCAAACACCCCAGGAGGGUUCCGAUGCCAGGGUAUGACCAUGAGAGACGCCGCCUCCGGACUGUGCGGCCAUGGCUACUUCUUUAACUCAGACAUGGAAGAGUGUCAGGCAUGCAGCGACUGUGACGGAGAACCCGUGGCAUCUCCUUGUUCUUUCGUUACAGAUACGGUGUGCUUAGGUCCUGCUGCUGCCGCCAGUGAGGCGCUGUCUCUUUCUUGGGCUGGAGACUUGAGUUUGCAGGGAGUAAAAGACCGCUUCUUGGCACUCGCCUUCCCCAGCAUGCAGCUUCACAUCCAGGGAAGAGGGGAUGCGGGUCUGGUUUUAGUGGAGAAUGGGUAUCUGGUUCUGAGGGAGCAUGGUCUGGUCUGGUUGGAUGGGAAUCUUGGACUGAGUCACGGCUGUCGCAGUUUCAUCCAAGUUUGUCUUCGUUUGAACGACACAGAUGGCUCAAACGGCCGUGACCUGAGUGGCGUGCGGGUAGAGCAGAGGGAGCAGAGGUCUAUCCAAAGCGUCAGCAUCAGUGGGGUAGCUGAGGUUGCACCAGGUCAGAAGUUGUCCAUUUUCCUCCGGAGUGCCAGUCAUCACUGUAAUCAAAGCAGUGAAGGCUUGCAGCUGUAUGACUCCUCAGCAGCUCCACUCAACCUCCUCUGGCUGUCCCACGACACUGGUGCUGUUGCCAUGACAGCACAGGCGAUGGUCUCUGCUCAUUACCAUACAAACUACCGUCCAGUCUUCCGCACUAUCUCCACCUCUGAUCCUUACGUCAUGGGGCUGACUCAUGAUGGACGCGGGGUUCGUUUUGCGGAAAGUGGUGCUGUGCGCUUUGUGUUCCAGCAAGCGCUGUAUUCGAUGGGGCAAGCAUGCAUAAGUGAGGGUUUUCAGCUUGUGGCAUAUCUCAACCAGAACGGAACAGGGAUGGAGUUAUUUCGAGUUUUCAAGCCAGGUGUUCAUUACCGGGACACAUCGAUUUCUCUGUCUGGAACGGCCAAAGUCAGCCCUGGGGAUGCAAUUAGCUUUGAGAUCUUGUCUCCUGCUCAGUGCAACGUGCGCUUCUUUGGCGAUGAAACAGGCAUCAGUCUCCUCAGUUUAUUUUGGGUCCCUGCUGCCAUUACUUCCUCUCUGUCUGCAUCUGUGGCCAACACCGGCCUUCCCUCUGGAGCAGUUAGAAACAAGCCUCUGUUUUUUCGCCAGACAACCCCUCAGGUGUCCCAGAUCGGGCUGCUUGGAAAAGGAUCAUCAGACCAGAGACGGGAUUUCAUCUUCAAAGAGAGUGGGACAGUUAGCCUAGCUCUGGAUCUUAAACUCAUUCACUCCUGCAACUUGGUCAAGGUGACUCUUCUCAGGCGAAAUGAUGCUGAGGGUUUGGGGCAGCGGCAUGACACCGAGGGGACCCGCCCUGUUGCUUUGGCUCAGCAGGUGGACGGCCAGAUGCCUGAAGGCAGUGAGUGGGCGAGUGUGAGUCUAAGGGCCUCUUUCAGAGUUCAUAAUGGCACGGUUGUCUUUUUCAUACUGGACUGCGUUCGUGGACGAGUCAAUCAGAUUAGCCACCAAACAGGAAGUGGGGUGUCAAUAUUCUGGGUGGCAGCAUGAGAAAUAGACAUUUCCAAAAAAAAAAAAAGAACAACUUACCCAAAUAACCUUCUUUUGUUAGCUUUUAAUAGGAA